GCAGGGAGGUUUGUGCCCCUUGUUUGGCAAGAGCAAUACUUUUCCUUCCUUUUUUGAUAUUAAGGGCUGGGUGAUGUUCUAUUUCUGUCAUUUUCUCUGUUGACUCCGAUCCAAAUGAAUUUAUCAGAGAUUCAUGGUCAAUAAAGACCAAUCCAUCCCUGUCACCCAGACCAUACCUCUAGAUUUCUUGGUGUUUGACCUGGGAUUGGAUCAGCUUGAGAUAGGAGUUUUAGACUAAAAGAGGCCAAAUGUCAAAAUUUGUAGGAAGUGAGAGGAAAUGACAGUCACCACGGUCUUGAUUCAGUUCACUUCUAACUAAAUAAUUCAACAGCUAUGUGCAAGAUAUUAGAUCCUAGCCUUAAAAAGCUAAAAAUUUAAAGUGUUUAUCCUAAAGGAGCUUAUUCAUUUAAUUGGAUUAUUUCAACCUUAGCCUUUGUUUCCUUAUCCUUGUUUUUCCUGUCACUUUGUGAAAGGAUAGGAGAGCAAAUGUGUGCAGUAAAAGUUAUUUUGGGGGGAAGUUUAAACACAACUCUGUGUCUCAGAUUGAGAUUUCUUUAGGGAAAAAAAACAAAACAAGACAAAAAACAAAUAAUAGCCCUUCAAAACAAAAUAAAGCUGAACCGAAUUGGAGGGUCUAGCUUAAAUUUAGGCAAGCUGUGUGUUUGUGGGGAGGAGGGCUGGAGAAAUGGAUGAAGACCGUCAGCUCAGUGGAUAGGGUCGGAUUUCACUUAGGGCAGGACUCCUUUCCUGGGUUUGCACCUCCUUAUUUCUUUUGGGCCAGGGUUUUGAUCCCUCGCUCCCUAACCCAUCUAGGCUGUCUUGCUCCUCCUCCCUUCUUUCUCUUUCCUUCGGCACUUCGGAGCCCCGCCCUCCCAGUUUGUCCUGUAGCCCCGCCCCCUAUGUGCUGACGCCAUCGCGCCGCGCGUGCGUGCCGGCGCACUGAGGGGGCCGGCCUCGCCGCUGCCCCGCCGCCCGCCGCUGCUCUCCCAAGAUGGCGGCUCCUCCGGGCGAGUACUUCAGCGUUGGGAGCCAGGUUUCAUGCCGAACGUGCCAAGAGCAGCGGCUGCAGGGCGAGGUGGUAGCCUUUGACUACCAGUCCAAGAUGCUGGCCCUCAAAUGUCCCUCUUCCAGUGGAAAGCCUAACCAUGCAGACAUCCUGCUUAUAAAUCUACAGUUUGUCUCGGAAAUUGAAAUAAUUAAUGACCGCACAGAAACCCCUCCUCCCCUAGCUUCUCUCAAUGUUAGCAAGCUUGCCAGCAAAGCUCGAACAGAGAAAGAGGAGAAGCUGAGCCAGGCCUAUGCAAUUAGUGCUGGUGUCUCCCUGGAGGGACAACAGCUUUUCCAGACCAUUCAUAAGACCAUUAAGGACUGUAAAUGGCAAGAAAAAAACAUUGUAGUAAUGGAAGAAGUUGUUAUUGCACCUCCCUAUCAAGUGGAAAACUGUAAAGGCAAAGAAGGGAGUGCACUGAGCCACGUACGAAAAAUAGUUGAGAAACAUUUUAGAGAUGUGGAAAGCCAAAAGGUAAUGCAGCGUUCACAAGCACAGCAGACACAGAAGGAGGCCGCUCUGUCAUCCUGAGUCCCCACACCCCGCACACUUGGGGGACUCUUUCAACAUCCAACAGAGGAGGGAGGCGACAUUGGCGUCUUCAUCGGAGGCAGGCCGGGGGAGGGGAGGGAAUUCCUUUAUUUCCCGUUAGCUCUUUUUCAUGAAGGGCUAACAAUUCCAAACCUUAGACUUGAACAAAAAACAACAAAAGAACGAGAGAAUAAUUUAAAAGUUGAAUCAUUACUUGACUAACAGACUUGUUUUGUCUACCAUGUUUUUUUUUUCUUUUUUUCUCUCCUGGAACAGUCAUCUUGUUAAUUUUAUUUUUGAAAAUACUCUGUAACCUUCCCUUUUUGUCCUUUCACCCUUGACUUCUCCUAUUCUGUUCCCUGCCAUUCAGUUUUUAUAAGUGGUUAUACUUGCCUUCUGAGCAAAUGGGAGAAAUUUGACAUCUUCCGUUCUGAAAUAAAAAUAACAAGCUGACUGUGAUAUUUGUGUUGAGGCCAGAACAGCAGAUAGGUGCCUCACUUUAAUUUUUUUUUGCACAGGGCAUGGCUUGAAUUAGUUUUAUUUUUCUUAUCUUUAAAUAUAUAUAUGAAAAUAUAUAUUAAAAUGUUCUCUAAAUAUUUUCUGCUUCUUGCAGGUCUCUAUAUUAGAUCAUGGCCCAACCCACCUCCAUUCCCCUCCCCCCCAAAAAAAAGCCCCUUAGCAAAGCAACCAACUUGGCCUAGUCCCAGAAUCUCUUGCCAGCCUUUGGAGAGUCAGGUGUUUGUAGAUGGAAUGCAGGGUUCAAGGGAAGGAGGACUCAUAGUAUCUUACCUUUUUAAGCAUGUAUUCUGGCUGGUUCUUUGAGCUGGAAUUUCUCAUGUGUCCUGAAACUCUAGGGUUCUCUCCCUUUACCCCCACUUCAUGGUACUAGAAAUAAAUCCCAACAUUCCCUGGUAGACUGGAGAUACAACUGUUGAUUCUCUUGUCCUCUGCAAGGAUUAUCUUGCAUGGCAUAUUUCAUCUCUCCUGCUUGAAUGACAAGCUCUCUCUUCCAAGUGACCUGGAAUAAUAAGCUUCUUGUUCCUGUCUCAUUUUACCCUAAAUUAUCCCUGCCCCUUUGAUUUCUCUCUUCCUGACUCACUUCUGGUCCAGGCAAAUCUUGAGUAAUCUCCAAACUCCCUGUUUCCUUCCUUUUACUAGCUGAUGACAGUUUGUGCUCAGCAGAUAGUCUAAAAACCUAAGUGUUUCUCGAAUUUAGCCCAUCAGUUUGGCUGGCCAUGGUUAACUUGCUGAGAAUUAACUAUCAUUCCCUUCAUCAUGUGCUUCAGGGCAGUGAUUUUGGGUAGAGUGUGCUGUCAUUCUUCCAUCAGACAUAGAGUGGAUUGUGUAUAGCGUCCAUCAAACUGGCUAGAGUCUGGGGGUGAAACUUAGUUUUUAAAAAAUUGGCCAUGAUCUCUUCCCCUCCUCCCCCUCUUUUUUUUUUUAAUAAAUGGAUCAAAACUAAAUAAUUCAAGCCCUGCCUUCAAAAAUAAUUUUUUUUAGUAUUGUUUAGCAAAAACAAUAAAACCCAAAUUUUUUAACCAUCA